GAAGGCGGCUGACCGUGAACGCCCCCCAUUGUGACGUAACAAAUGGCCGUUCCAAGGAGCGAACGCUCACACACUCGCAGUGACGUCACCGCUUCUCUCUCGGCCGUUGGCGCUUCCCAUGAAGAAGAUCGGCUCAUAAGGCGCCCUGGGUCAAGGCAGCCUUCCUUUCCUUCCCUUCCGAAAUCGCCCACGUCCUGGUUGCAGAGAAUGGAGCCCUUAAAUGUGAGCUAUCGCUUGCAACGCACAGCAACACUUGCACAGGAAGUUCUGGAACGGGCAAAAACACGAAAAUUGAACUGGCCACUUCCCAGUCGAUUCCAAAGAAGGACCUUCCGGGAAGGGGAUGAUGAAGAUGCAUAUUUUGCUGCAACUUUUGCUUCAGUCGCUGAACACAUGGGUCAUAUCUCUGCAGAAUGUGAGAAUUACUAUUGCUGUGUGCCUCCAUUUCAGUUUAAGGAGUGUGAAAUUGCACACAUUUUCAGAUAUCACAGCAGGCAAGCAACUGAAAAGUUGCUAAAAACAUUUGAAAAUGAGGAAAGUAAACGUGAUCCAAUAGUGGAAGAACCUGGGUGUCCUGAUACAGAAUCAGUUGCAUUAGUUCCAGCCAAGACCUCUGACCCGAAAGAUAUCUAUGUUGAAGUUUUUCCUGGCACCUACAGAGUCAGUGCGUGUUUACAAGAAGACACAAUCAAACAAACACAUCUGGUAAAGAUUAAACCAGGAGAAAGUGUAAAUUUGACUUUUGAUUUAUGAACAAGUUAGCAAAUGAUACAAAUACCAACAUAUGACAUGCAUUUUAAUAUAUUAUCUUCUCUGUCUUGAGCAUUUUAAAUAUCUUCUCAGACAUAAGCAUUUUAUUGUGUCAUUUGCCUGUAUAUUAUAGUUUAAAACUUGUUUCAGAUUUGCCAUAACUUGAAUCAUGUAGUGUACUUUGACUUUUAUACUAUACAAUAAACAUAAAGUGUUGCUCUUCUUUUUAAAGACUUAAA